AAACAAAUUUGGCAAUAUAGAUUUCGAAAUAUGUUCUUGAUUCCUGAUGUUGUAUUUAAUCGCACAUCUUUGGGAUAUAAACAGCAAGAGUGUUUAAAUAUCUUUCAUUCAACCGUUGAAAAGAUGAUACAGCAAAGGACAAAUGAAUCAAGUACAAUGUCCACUAAUGGUGACACAUCAUAUAUACGAUUUUUUGACAUUUUAACGCAUUCAUCUCAUAACAAAAAGUUUACGCGAAAGGAAAUUAUGGACAAUAUAGUUACAAUGCUAGGAACGUCUUCUGACACUAUCUCUACUACGUUGGAUCUUGCGAUCAUUAUGUUGGCAAAUUUCUUAGAAAUACAAGAAAAAGCGUAUAAAGAAUUGUUGGAAAUUUAUGGCACGGAAACUCCAAAGUUUGCACCAGUUAAAUAUGAGGAUCUACAACAUAUGCAUUACUUGGAUUGUAUUAUUAAGGAAACUUUAAGACUUUUCCCUACUGUCCCUAUGAUUGGACGAAAACUGACAGAAGACUUAAAAUUGGGAGAAUUUGUUUUACCGAAAGAUGCGGAUGUUAUUAUAUCAUUUAUACGAAUGCACCGAAAUGAAAAAUAUUGGCCGAAUCCAUUGAUGUUUAAUCCGGAUAGAUUUCUUCAAAAAAAAACAAAUUGUAUACCAUAUUACAUGCCUUUUAGUGAUGGAUCAAGAAAUUGCAUAGGUUUGAAAUACGCAAUGAUGUCUAUGAAGGUUAUUUUAGCAACGCUGAUAAGAACGUUCGUAUUUAAAUUAAAUCAAAGCAUUGAGAUAGACAAAAUCAAAUUAAAUUCGGAUAUAUCAUUAUCUAUAGAUGAACCUAUAAAGAUUAGAAUUGAAAAACGGAAUCUCUAAAUAAUACAUAAAUGAAUAAUACUAUAAUAAUAU